AUGGCUACUGGAGGACGCUACUAUUCCGAGCUCCUCCUUACUGCUAUCUGCUCACACGCUGCCAAAUACCAGGAUGGCGAAUACGCGGACAUGCUGCUUGCCCGGGCUCGUCGCCUCCUGGGCAACGCAAUUCAGCAGCCGAGCUCGAUCCCCACGGUGCAGGCCCUCCUACAACUAAGUGCUAGAGAUCUUGCACAGGGAUCCAUUUCCAAAGCCUGGGUGUAUAGCGGCAUCGCCUUUCGCAUGGCCAGCGACCUGGGGCUUCAACAUAGCGGGCCGGAUCUGAGAGGCAUGGGAGUAAUUGAUCUCGAAGUUCGGCGCAGGCUCUUCUGGAGUUGCUAUUUUUGGGUCAAAGCUACCAGUCUGUAUGCCGGUCGGUUGCCUGCUGUCACUGAAGUCCUCCAUCCUGACACUCUCGACCUCCUGGAUGAUUCCACCGAUCUAGAUAUAUGGUCGCCAUAUUAUGGGAACUCUCUCAACCUCACCAAGUUUACGCAAAAUCAGUACCCGCCCAUGCGUAACUACGACGUAUCGACUUUUGUCAACUCGUGUAAGCUUUCCAUGAUUAUCCACGACAUCAUAGCUCAGCUUUACUAUCGCCGGAAUCGAACCAAUGCCGAAGAAACUAUCAAGGAUAUCAAGUCACGCCUCGAUUCAUGGCGAGAAAAUUCGCCACGCCACCUCAAGUACGACCCCCAUAAUCUUCCUACCGUCUGUCCACCACCACAUAUUAUAUCCCAAAACUUUCUCUACUUUACAACUGUAAUAUUAACUCACCGACCGUUUUGGUCUAUCCCAUCCUACUACAAGGUUUGCAUCAGUGCAUCACAAAGCAUUGAAGCACUUGUACUCUUACUCGAGUCAACGUUUGGGUUGGAGAACAUCGCUUACCUGAUGGGCUACUGCAUCUACACUGGCGCAUCCGCCAUUUUAGAAGAUGCCAAACGCAAUAAAGGACCUGCGAGCCAAACGCUGAAAACAUAUCUCCGUGCGCUCAACGCGGGAAUGAAAACCUGCCCGCUCUUGGAACGCAGCCUGCAAAUUAUUGUCAAGGGACUCAAUCGAUACCCAUCUAGCAGUGGUAUGAGCCUCUCGGGCCAUUCUCAGUCCCAAGGCGUGGCAGAGGUGGACUUCCACAUUAACGCCGCUACCGCGAACAGCUACAUUGCCGCGUUUCCUUACCUUGGACCGGACAUGUCUAUGGACUUUUGCGGGAGUUCUUAUCUAGGCAACCACAAUCCAGACUCCAUGUCGAUGCUUGAUUGCUUCCCCGAGAUGCAAACGGACUUUGGUGAGCUGUUAUACACACAUGCGGACUAG